AUGGAUGGUGUGAAAAAAUCCAUGCUCGAAAGCAUUUAUGGGGUAGAGGACCGCAUCAGCAAUCCUCGUAAAAAGGUAAAACUGAGCGCCGAAGACCAGCGCGAGCAAAGACCAAAGAUGGGCAAGUCCUCUUAUCGUCAUGGCAAUGGAAUCGUCGGUGAAUAUAUGCGACCAGAUCCCAACCAAGCAGCCGAGGUAACCAAGAACAGCCUGGUUGAUCUCACCAAUGACGAAGAAGAUGGGGAUGAUGAUGUUCAGAUCAUAUCCUCUCGGUCGCUCGAUGAUCAAGAGGUAUGCUACGGCCACAUCGCAACAACCGCACAAGCGCACCUCCUCCCGAAGCCCAAAACGACUGCAAGUUCCUUCCACCAGGAGCGAGAAUGGCCGGUCAUGAAGUGUACCCUCAUCCGCAAACCGUCAAAGGACACGGUGAUUGACGUGCAAGAUCCGGUGGGUACAACCUUCGCCAAAGUCAACCCUGACUUUGCUGCGGCGCUUGCACCGGCCAUAGAUGGACUGAAGGGGUUUCGUACGCAGGCGAAAUUGAUCAAUCGACGCAAAAAACCAAAUGAGUGGCCCCACCAGCCUUGCUCUGAACAGCUUAAGAUGAUUGUUAACCUUUACGGCCGACGUGGAGAUGUCGGUAAGGUUGGUAGGCACUUUGGCCAACACAACUUCUGGUUCCGCCCACCAAUGGCUUCGGAACCGGGUAUCCCAAUCGUUAAUCCGCAUGGACAGAAAAAGCCGGUUUUCCCAGCCCCGCGUGCUGCGGGCCAGGUGAGAACCCUGUCCGACACACGCACUCUUGAAGAAGCCACAGAAGCAGUCUCGAAGCUCUUUGACUCUUUCGCAAAUGCAAGUCGGCCUCUGGUUGAAACCAGUCCGCCACCGUCCAUCAUUACAACACCUCUACUUAGUCACCAGAAGCAGGCUCUCACAUUUCUUCUGCGACAAGAGCAGCCGCGCACUUUUGGCAGUGAUGAAGCAGAUAAUUCUUCACUCUGGCGGCGGAAACAACGGAAGAAUGGGGACGUCGCUUAUCACGAAGUCGUCACAGGUCUUUCUGUCAGAGAUGAGCCCGAGCAAGUCCUUGGUGGUCUCCUUGCAGAUGUUAUGGGUCUCGGAAAGACGCUGGAAGCCCUCUCCCUCAUCGCAAGUACAUUAGGGGAGGCUGAACUGUUUGCGAGUGAGCAACCAGUGCGCGACAAUCAGGACAUGCAGCACAUCAUAUUAUCUAACAGCAAGGCGACAGUGAUAAUCUGUCCGACGAGCACAGUGAAAAACUGGGAGGAUCAGAUCGCACAGCAUGUCCAGCCUGGAACCAUGAAUUACUACGUUUAUCAUGGCCCAACUCGGGAAAAGAACCCAUUCAAGUUGCUGAAAUACGAGAUGAUCAUCACGACAUAUGGGGUGGUGGCUUCUGAAUUCUCCAAGACUGCUGCAACCGUGAGCCCCCUGAGACAGGUAAAAUGGUUCAGAAUAGUGCUUGACGAAGCGCAUACGAUUAGAGAACAAAAGGCUCUCCAGUCACAGGCCUGCUACAGUCUCGAGGCCCAACGGCGCUGGUGCUUGACUGGAACGCCUAUCCAAAAUCGAUUGGACGACCUGGGGUCUCUGACGAGAUUCCUCCGCAUGUAUCCUUAUGAUACGUCAGGCCGAUUUAAUCAGUACAUUCGAGGACCGGCGCAAGCAGGCGAUCCGGCGUUUUUGAAGGCAUUGCGUGUCUUUGUGGAUUCAUUCACACUCCGUCGACUUCGAGACCGAAUCGACCUGCCGGAGAGAAAAGACUUUGUGGCCAAAUUGACUUUUUCAGACGAAGAAAGACGACUGCAUGACUUUUUCAAAGGAGUUGCUCAUGUCCAAAUUGAACAGCUCACUCGUACAAAAGAGAAGAACAGUGGAGUUCAACAUCAUGUGCUCCGUGGCAUCAUGACCUUACGGCUCAUUUGCGCCCACGGUCGAGAGUUGCUCAAGGAGAAUGAUCUAAAGCUGCUGAAAGGGAUUAGCGCCGCUGACGCUAUUGACGUCGACGAAGAUGCUCCACUACCAACCAUAUCGAGAAAAGCAGCUUAUGAGGCAUUGAAUCUGAGGACCGAGGCUGAGCUGGAUGUGUGCAGGAACUGUGAACGGAGCAUCACCAAGGAAGUUGUGAAGGCCGAAGAUGACGAGGAGCAGGCGCUUCGAUGCUUCAUCCUCCCAUGCUUCGACCUCGUUUGUGCCGACUGUUUCAAUCCGACAAAGCCGUCCUUUGACAGCAUGACGGACAAGGAAGUCAUUACCUGUCCAUUCUGUUCCGCCCAAAUUACUGCCCAGUAUGUUGGAUUUAGUGGAUCCACUGCGCAAGACAUCCUCGUGGCGCCAGACGAUACCAUCGCCCAACAGGAAGAAGAUGAAUGCGCGCAGACUUACACCGGGCCUCAUACUAAGACGAGGGCACUGUUGGCAGAUAUUGAGCAAAUGAACCAAGAGAGCGAAGCGUUGGAGGCUGCUGGAGAAGCCCCUCUGAAAUGUGUCGUCUUUUCCGAAUUUACGUCGCACCUGGAUCUCAUCGAGAGGGCAUUGACCGAUCAUGGCCACUGUUUCGUGCGCAUUGAUGGCACCAUGUCCCUCAACAGCCGCAAGAAGUCGCUGGAUGCGCUCGCAUCAGAUAACACCAUCAGAAUUCUCCUGGCGUCGAUCAAGGCUGCCGGACAAGGACUGAAUCUGACGGCUGCAUCGCGAGCGUUCAUCAUGGAGCCGAUGUGGAACCCGGCAGCCGAAGCGCAAGCAGUGGAUCGAAUUUAUCGCAUCGGGCAGAAGCGCCCCGUCCUCGUCAAACGGUAUCAAAUCGAAAAUAGUAUUGAAGGCAAGAUUGUGGAAUUGCAGAGACGAAAACAGCAGUUGGCCGACGUGUCGGUAAAUCAAAAUUACAAGCAGUUGAGCAAGCAAGAGGUGCGCGAACAGCAUAUGAAGGAGAUUCUGGCGCUGUUUAAAUGA